GUCACAGCUCGUCUGUUGACUCUCUGCAGAAGCUAAUUGCCUGUGUAUAAACUGCGUUAAAGUGGCCUGUUUUUUAUUUAUUAACCACGGAGCUAGAGCGCUUACUUCGGGACCGUUAAGUUGUUUUGUUGUUAGAGUCCAACAGAUUCAUAGGAAGUUAGGAUGUCCAGUGAUCUUGCUGGCGUGUGGGAGGUGGCACUGAGUGAUGGGGUCCACAGGAUAGAGUUUGAACAUGGCACGACCACUGGAAAGAGGGUCAUCUACGUUGAUGGAAAGGAGAUACUUAGACGGGACUGGAUGUUUAAACUCGUGGGGAAGGAGACAUUCAAUGUGGGCAAGUCAGACACCAAAGCAACCAUCAAUAUCGAUGCAGUCAGUGGUUUUGCUUACGAGUACACCCUGGAGAUUAACGGGAAGAGCUUGAAGAAGUACAUGGAGAACAGAUCAAAGGUCACCAGCACCUGGGUACUCAACUUGGACGGUACUGACUGCAGGGUGGUCCUGGAGAAAGACACUAUGGAUGUUUGGUGUAAUGGACAAAAGAUUGAAACUGCAGGGGAGUUCGUGGAUGAUGGAACAGAGACACAUUUCACACUUGGAGACCACAACUGCUGUGUUAAGGCUGUGAGCAGCGGGAAGAGACGAGAUGGGAUCAUUCACACGUUGCUUGUGGACGGCACAGAAAUAGCUGAAUGCACAGAGUGACUGUGUACGUGUGUUUACAUUUGUAUGGAAGCAGGAGGUCUGGUAUGUAUGUGUGAAUCUUAGUGUCUGUAAAACUGAGGGAGGGUGUGGACUUGAGGAAUGUCAUUUAAAGCUGUCGCAGUGAGGGACCAACUGACAUAGAUGUUCGCUCCUAUCCUUUGAAGGCCAUUCUGUGGAGGGUAUAUAUGCCAUAUUGGUAAAGGCUGCAGGCUGUAACUAAUACUGUGACAGUUAUAGAGAGGACCUACUGUCUGAGCAGUUGCAGAAGAGAAGUUGCAGCCAUAUUUUCAUCACAAAAAGGGAUUGACUGUCUCAAAAUGAAACCUCACUGAAGAACUUUUUUGAGUUGUAAAUUGAAACUUUAUAUUGAUAUAAAUACUAUAAACUUCAGUUAUAUUAUCAAUAGUGGAGGCCAGAUGUGCCAUACUUGUCUCAUUCAACCUGGCUCAGUUUGCUCUCCGGUGUUUAAUAUGAACAGCAGGUCCUCUGUUGCACAUGCACUGCACCUGUUAUCAUUUUAGAGUACAGGUGCAUGUACUUGACAAUUUAAGUGACCCGAGUAAUCCCCAGACUCAACCUGUUCUCUCUGCGCUUCAUGCUCGCUUUCUUCUUUUUUUCUUUUUAAUAUUGCACAGUAGGAGAUUUAAAUACCAGGGUACAAGAUUAUUCCUUGAACGUAGCGUCAUUCCAGUGAGCAGUGCCCUGAAGUGGUUUUUGUUUAGUCCAAUGUUGAUGUAUUAAAUUGUCUUUGUUUGAUUAGUCCAGCUACGUGAUUUUACAGUAAUAUGUAAUUAGUUUUAAGCAGACUGCUGCAGGUGUGUCAAAACAUCCUGGGGUUCAUUGUCUGCACUGUCUUAUUGGCUGUAACAGUUUCACAGACAAUCGUUCAGAUGUCAUAUUAUUACUGGUAGAGACAUCACUUGCUGAUGCUUUGGGGUCUCCCUGUUGUCCUUAGAGAUGUAUGAAAUUCUGUCGUGCUGUCAAUAUAUGUAAUUAGUUUUUUUUUUUUUUUUGU